AUGUACAAAUUUGAUUCUGAAGAUGUGUAUGAAAUGUCCAUUUCAAAACUGAAUGAAACGACUAGUGAGGUUAGUUAUUUUGGUAAUAGGACAUAUUUCACAAAGUUUGGAGAUGUGUAUUGCAAACUAAGUAGUGAUGAUGUUUUGUAUGAUGUGUGUGCUGGAAUAGCUCCUGAAAAAGAAAUCAAUAUAUAUGUUGAAGUUGAUAGAAAUGUUAUGGGCAGUCAGGUUGAAAAGGAGGCAGGUGACAAGGACACUCUGACUAAAGCUGAUGCGUUUGAAGGAGACAAAUCUAUGAAGAUGAAAAAACAAAUUUCAACUAACGAGAUGACUAAACCUGAUGUGUUUGAAGAGAACAAGUCUAUGUAUAUUCUGCAUAACUGGAAUGAUGAGAAAUGCAUUAAGCUGCUAAAAAAUUGCUACGAAGCAUUGCCAAACAAGGAAAAGUUGAUUGUGAUGGAUUAUAUUCUUUCGAACAGCCCUAAAACUGAUGUUCAUGCAAAAUAUGGCUCUAGGAUGGAAGUUAUGAUGUUGAAAAAUCUGGAAGGGAAGGAAAGAACAAAGGAUGAGUGUGAAACCCUUGCAACAAAAGCUAGGUUCUCAGAGUUUAAGAUUGUUUGUUACAUGUAUGGUAUGCGGAUAAUGGAGCUCAUGAAGUCUAUUUAA